GCCGAAAAAAAACAAUAUUCCGGUUCACUUAUUCUAGAUUUUGUAAUAAUUAUUAUAUAUUAUAACAAUUAUUGUAAUUUAUUAAUUAUACGACGGCUUGUAAAUUAGACAUCACAUCAGGUCAAGGAUUUGUCCGUUUGUUCAAAAUUUAUUUACCGGGAUGGAGAUGACAUCUGUUAUGGCUAUGCUCAAACGCUGUCGGUGCUGUUUGUUGGAAGAAAGCGACAUGUUCUAUGUGUUUGAGAUCUUGCACGGAUUUGACCGGACCAUAUCCGAGUUAAUUGCAAGCUGCAGUGGGAUAGCGAUUGCCGAGAAUGAUUUCUUCUCAAAGAACAUUUGUGGUCAGUGUCUUAACGAUUUAACCAGUGCUGUUCGUUUCCGGAAUCGCUGUCUCCAAACGGAAACUAUUCUAAAAAAUACUAAGCUUGAAGGCUCUGUGGGACAUGUGUUAACCGAGAGUGCCUCUCACAAUCGUAUAAUAAAAUCCGAGGCGCAGAAAGAUCCGAACGGACAUGCAUUCGAUCAACAGAAAAUUAUCCCGAUCGACCAUGUGCCUUGCGAUCACAGUCGUGUUAAACAGGAAAUGGCCAUACAAUGUUUACAUGAACGGGAGGAAUUAAAGAACAUGGAUACGGUUGAUCUGAAUAGGAUAAAGACUGAAAGUGUACCAGACGAUCAGGCAUCGACAGAUUUGUCUUCAUCAAAGAGCGAUCCAGCUGCAAUAGUUCAUCAAGUUCCUGUUACGAUUAUUCAAAAUCAAGAAGUACUGCCUCUCGCAGUGACGAUAGAAGAGGAGGAAGAACCGGUGGACGUCAGUGCCGACCGUCCGCAUAAAUGUGAUGUAUGUGGUAAAGGUUUCCAAAAGUCGAACAAUCUUACGCAGCACAAGCGCAUUCACACUGGCGAGCGGCCGCAUAUUUGCGAAAUAUGUGGCAAAGGAUUUAUUGAGAAUGUUCAUCUCAAACGGCACAAGCGUUCGCAUACCAGAGAACGGCGUCACGAAUGUGACGUUUGCGGUAAAAUGUUUAUUGAAGGUAAUCAUCUAUCACAACACCGUCAACGCCACUUCGGAGACCGACCUUACCGGUGCCAUGUAUGUGGUAAGGGUUACGUCGCGAAUAGUCACCUAACGCAGCAUAUGCGGGUUCACACGCACGAGCGACCGCACAAGUGUGAAAUCUGUGCCAAGGAUUUUCUUACCAGUAGCCACUUGACGCAGCACAAGUUGGUGCAUUUCGGGGACAGGUCACACCGGUGCGAUGUCUGCGGGAAAGAUUUUCUGAAAACCAACGAUUUAACGAAACACAAGCGUAUUCAUUCGGUGGAUAAGCCACACACGUGCGAGGUUUGCGGUAAAGGAUUCAACGAGAACAGUAACCUCAUACAGCACAGGCGUAUCCAUACUGGUGAGCGACCUCACAAGUGCGAUCUGUGUGGCAAGGGGUUCAUUCGAAGCAAUCACUUGUCGCAGCACAUACUGACGCAUCAUAAGUAAGUAACUGCUUAGUGUUGUUAUGUUUGGAUUAGUGUAACUAAUGAGGGGAUUGGGAAGUCGUCGGUUCGACUUUGCACCUAUAAAAUUCUCGAAUUGCGUUUGAGAAAGUGCUGAUCUCGGAAAUGAUUUUGAAUUAAGUUUAAUGUGCGCCGAGAAAUAAUAAUAAAUAAUAUCAGAUACA